UGAAAAGUUAUUCCCGCCCUUUUCCUGACCGACCUUAGCGCAUCCGACUCUGAUUUCUCUCUCUAGAAGCCAUCUCUCUCUAAGUGAUUGGAGAGAUCAUUUUGUUCAUCAUUCCUGUACAAGGGGAGCUUAACCCCUUGACAGAGUGUUCAAAUGGCAGGCGUGGAAGACGAUGACGACGACUUCUCUCUCAUCAGGAAGCCCCCUAAGAUGCACAAGCCCUUUAGAAGACCCCCUCCCAUUCCUGUCGAAGAUACUUAUUGUAGGAAUGGAUAUGUGGAGUUGGAAACAUCUCACUAUGAAACAGAGUGCAGGUCUCCAGAGCUCAAAGUGACAAUACCCUGCUUUGAAUCGCCUGUCACUCCUUUGGCAUCUCGCAUUCCCCCUGUGGCUGAAUGCCCUGAUUCUCCCAUUCUCAGAAGUUGGGAUCUUGCAAGGCAGGACAGUUUAACUGAGACGAAAUUGUUGAUGACCACGACAUUGAAGCGAACCACUAGUCUCUUUUUGUUUGGGGAGCACUUUGAAUACAUCAGGGAAAUUGGGAGAGGCUCAGCUAGCAAGGUGUAUGAAGGUCAAGAAAAGAAACAUGGGGUUUUGUAUGCCAUCAAAACAAGUAAGCAACAGUUCCACAAUCGAGAAGAAAGGGAAUAUUUCAUGAGAGAAGUAGAAGCUGUUGCAGGAUUAACAGAGCACCCAAAUGUAGUCAAGUACUAUAGGUGUUGGCAGCAGGAUUUGCAUGUCUUUAUCCAAAUGGAAUUAUGUGAAGGUGGCAAUUUUCGUUCCUUCCUCGAUCAACUUAGUGAUCUUCUUCCUGAGAGUAAGGUCUGGAGUUACAUUAGCCAGAUUGCAUCAGGCCUCAAACACAUUCAUGCAAGUUCCAUUCUCCACCUUGACAUUAAGCCCGAAAACAUACUCCUAGAUAAGCAGGGUGUUCUUAAGAUAGGGGACUUCAGCCUAGCAGUCACACGUGGUCAGUGGGAUUGGCAAGAGGGGGAUGGGGGAUAUCUUGCUCCUGAGCUUCUUAGAGAGGAGGAUCCCAGUUCUGAAUCGGACAUUUACAGCUUUGGGGCUAUGGUCUAUGAGUUAGCUACUGGUAAAUUAUUUCCUCGCUCCAGUCCAGAGCGAGAUGGAGUUAGAUACUUAACUCAACGCUCCAAUGAGCUAAAUAGACUAAUGGCUUCCAUGCUACACCCUUGCCGAGACAAGCGGCCAAGUGCAGCGAGUAUCUUAGAAUGUAGCAAAGAACAUAUUGUGUAAAACGUGAAAGAAAGAAUCAUGUUUGUUUAUUUUGUGUUAAAUAUCACGAAAUGAGUAAAACAAUCCUUUAUUUA